UAAAGGCAUGGAAAGAAAAUCUUCAAGAUUCGGAGUAUUGGUUCUUGCAAAAUCGGAAGUCAACGCAACAAUCAUACACUCAAAAGAAAACCCGUUGACUAACGAUGACGUGGCAGAGAGAGAAAAAGAGAUCCGUGAGUUAGUUAGUCCUUGGAGAAUUCAGUUACAGUGAUUCUUGAAAUCAUUUCUGUUAGGCGAAGAAGUUCAUACAUUUUUCUGCGUUUCUCUUUUCAUCAUCCAUCGUCUCUGUUAUCGCUUCUUUUCUGCAUUUUCUCAACUGCUCCGUUCUUUCUUCUCCAAAACGCCUUCCAUCAAAGUCGUUUUGCUCUAUCACGACGUCAUGGCUUGGAGACGUUUCGCAAAGCAGCUUACUCCUUCAAUCUUUCGAGCUCGAACGCAGUUAUGUUUGCAGGUUGAAAGGCGUCAAUCUGAAUUGGGAAUAAUCAAAGAUUUAUUGAGUCGAAAUCAUGAAUCUCGUAAUAAGUUUCAAGGGAGUAGGCUUUUGUUCUCCCGGGAGAGAUCUCAGUUCAGGUUUCUAGGAAAUUUGGCCGGACCACCGAGUGAUUCAUCUAAAGCCAAGAAGGCCUCUGAUGAUCAGAAUGAUCCUGAAGUUGUGAUUAGAGCAUUUGAAAGUGAUCCAUCUCUGCAUACAAAUUAUUUGGCUUUUUCUGAGUAUGUCGAAGCAUUAGUAAAAGUUGGCAGGAUGGGAGAAAGUGAAUUUCUCAAGAAUUUGAUAAGAGCUAUUCCUAGUUCAGCGAGAAAGGAAGAAAGUAGUACAGGUGGCCUAACUGUUCUUAAAAAUGUGAAAGAGCCUACAAAAGAUGAAAUUCUUGGAAAUUUCAAAGACAAGCAAUGGCAUACAAUUUGGUUGAUUGCUCUGGCCUUCAUCUUAGUUUGUGGUGUAGGAGCUUUCAUCGUGUAUGAAAGAAUUAGUAAAGGACUUCGCAUGUAUGAAGAAGUGCAACCCAAUAUGCAGACAAGUACUAAAUUUAGCGAUGUGAAAGGUGUGGAUGAGGCAAAGGCUGAACUUGAAGAAAUUGUUGAUUACUUAAAAGAUCCUAAGCGCUUUACUCGUCUUGGUGGUAAACUCCCAAAAGGUGUCUUGCUUGUUGGCCCGCCUGGCACUGGUAAAACAAUGUUGGCAAGAGCUAUUGCUGAAGAGGCGGAGAUUCCUUUCUUCUUGUGCAGUGUAAGUGAAUUUGAAAAGAUGUAUGUCGGUAGUGCUGCACAAAGAGUGAGAGAUCUUUUCACAGCUGCAAAAAAGCGCGCCCCUUGUAUAAUCUUUAUUGAUGAGAUUGAUGCUAUUGGUCGAAAACGAAAUCCAAAUGACCAAAUGCACGUGCCUAUAAGUCAAUUGCUUGUUGAGUUAGAUGGAUUCAAACAACAUGAAGGCAUAGUUGUGAUUGGUGCUACUAAUUUUGAGGAGUCACUAGAUAAGGCUUUGGUGAGACCUGGGCGAUUUGAUCGCCGUGUUGUUGUUACCAAUCCAGAUUUAAAAGGACGACAACAGAUUUUGGAAUCUCUGAUGUCAAAGGUUCUCAAGGCAGAUGAUGUUGAUCUGAUGAUCAUUGCUCAGUGUACACCUGGGUUCUCCGGUGCUGACCUUGCAAAUUUGGUUAAUGUUGCUGCCCUAAGGGCUGCAAAGGUUGGCACCAAUUCUGUGAGCAUCCAUGAUUUAGAGUUUGCACGGGAGAAGAUUAUGAUAGGAAAUGAACGCAAAUCAGCUGUUACAUCUAAGAAGUCAAGAAAGCUUACUGCUUUCCAUGAGAGUGGCCAUGCCUUAGUGGCAACAUAUACUGAUGGUGCGCGUCCUGUUCACAAGGCAACUAUUGUUCGGCGUGGGGGGACUCUAGGCACGGUUUCUCAAUUGCCGGACAAAGAUCAGAGUAGUCACUCUCGUAAACAGAUGCUUGCUAAGCUUGAUUGUUGUAUGGGGGGUCGGGUUGCUGAAGAGCUAAUUUUUGGAGAAACCCAAGUUACUUCUGGUGCAUCCUCAGAUCUUGCGAAGGCAACUUAUUUGGCCAGGGAAAUGGUUACAAAGUAUGGUAUGAGUACUGAAGUAGGUCCGGUCAUUCACAAUUACCUUGAUAAUGGGAGAAGUAUGAGCUCAAAAACUAGGCUGCUUAUUGAGAAAGAAGUGAAGAACUUACUGGAGAGAGCUUACAACAAUGCAAAAACUAUCCUAACCACCCAUGAAAAGGAGCUUCACGCACUUGCAAAUGCUCUUCUGGAGCACGAGACACUUACAGGAAGUCAGAUAAAUGAUUUACUUGCAAAAGUCAAAUCCCAGCAGUCGGAGCCGCAGUCACGUGUAACCAAAACCAGUGAGUAGGUAAAGAUUAAAAAAAGGUAGUGUGGCAUUAAUAGAUUGGAGUGUGAUCAUAGCAUUCAUCUUCUGGUUAUAUCUAGCCCACGUGUUGCUUCCUAGCAGCUAGUGGAUUUGUUGGCUUGUUGAGAAUGUCUCUGCAGGGAAAACUGACUCACAUUAUUGGGUCCUGUCCCUUCCACUCAUUUUCAAUCUAUUUUUACAAAUGACACACUUUUUCCGUUCAGUUUUAGUUUUGAACUCUCAGCUAAUUACUGUAUAUUGAUAGAAAACUCUCUCAAUAUUAUACAUGAUGCAAAUUACUCUAUGCUAUUGGCAAACAAUGGUUACAAUGCACACUCUGUCUUUUAUGUUAAUGACAAUGAAUUUUCUUGCUAUUGGAAAAAUUC